UUUUGUUUGUACAGUGACGUCACUGCACGAGCUCUUAGUCUUAAAAGUUGGGUGGGGGUUUGUUUUCAUGUUUGUUUUGUUUAUUUAUUACUUUUGUUCAUUGUUGCUGUGAAGGAUGCCAGGUAACUUAGGACUGCCGGACAAGACCACAAUGGGUCGAACCCUUGCUGAAAUGGUUGAAGAAACUAGAGGAAAACUUCAUCUGAAAGAGAGAGAUGCUAAUGCUUUUUAUGAGAGUUCAGAAAUCAAGAAGCUGAAGUACAAAGAACUGAUCUCAAAGCUCAGAAAGGAAAACAAACAGAAGCGCAUUGAGUUGACCAAAUGCAUUUGUGGCGAUGAGAAUGUGAUCCGGACAGCUUUUCACCAUCGUAAGGAAGAGCUGCUGUCAAUGCAACGCCACACUGCCCAGAAAUCCAUCUUGGUGAUGGAUCAGAAGGUGUCAGAAGCAAGUAACAAGCUCAACGUUGUCCUGCAUGACAAGACUAAGAGGCAGUUCAAACUGGCUGAGCUGCAGAAUGAGCUAGCCCAUAUGAACUUCCUCAACACUACAGAAUUCAAUGAGGACAAAGAACAGGCAAUCAGAAGGAUACAGAAUGAAAUGGACAAGGCAGAGAUCAAGGUUGGGGCCGCUCACAACAUCACCCGCCGCUAUGAGCAGAUCAUGGAUAAUAUACAGAAGGAGGUGCGUAACUACCCAGCCAUCCUAGACUGUCUAGAGGAGCAGGUCCAACAUUCCAGUGAUGAGAAAGAGGAGCUCAUGAAGAUGACAGAGAAAGCAGUCUGUGCUGGGGAGGAGGCAAGGCGAGACCUGCAUGCGAUGGAGCGUGAGAUGCACCAAGCCAAGCGGGCCCGAGAUCAGCAGCUUAAUGAGAUGAAAAAGGAGGUCGAGAAACGCAAAGAAGUCCAUGACCGCUCUGACAAACGGCAAAAGAUAGCCGUGAUAAGUGAUACAAGUGAUUCCCGGCAGGCCAAGCUUCUUGAACCGAAGGCUGAGCGACAGGAGAUGAUUCUCACACUAGAGGACGCCUUUGAACAGAUCAUGAAGGCAACCAAUGUCUCGGAUAUCGAAGACAUCGUGUUCCGUCUCGAGCACCAGGACCAGACGUAUGUGCGUCUGCGCGCCAUGGAGAAGGAGAAGAUGUCCAAACGCAUCAUCGUCUCAGAGGAACUUGCAAAACAGCGAGCCAUCUUUGAGGAAAUGAAGUUCACCAGUGAGCGACAAAUCCAGAGGGGUCGCAAGGCAUUGGAAGACAUGGCUGAAUACUUGAAGGAACAAGAGACCCGCAGAAAUAAUGCCAUUGAAAACUACCAUAGGAACAACAAGCUGUUGUUGAACCUUCUGUCUGGAACCACUACCCUGUUUGAGAAAUUGAAGGACAUUCGACUCAAGCCUCCACUGCACAACUUUGCGAAGGGCGACCCUGUGGAGGACCUGAAACAGUGCGGCCGCAAGCUGGAGGUGCUACUGGACAUGCUGGGUAUCAAGAAGAACCAGUCACAGCUGCACAAGGUGGACGGCGAGAAGUUGAGUCAAUACCUGGAGUCGAAGCUGCCCCCAGACAAUGUCAGGAUCCGCAUUGACACGGACGACCACAGCGAUGCAGACGACUUCCACUUUGACCACGACCAGGAGAACGAGGGCUUUACGUCCCGUGAAGACAUCAAGCGGCAGGGACAAGAAAUACUGCACUCCAAGUUGAAACCUAAGAAGAAGAAACCUCGCAAGCGCAACAAUUAAAUUCUUUUUAUUUUGAACUUUUUUUUAGGCUUUUAUGAUUUAUUUUAGUUUUUGUCUUUUUUACUAGUUUGACGAUGUAACAUCAGUAAUGCCAGACACGAAACAAGUAUUGUUUAUAAGAAAAUUAAUAUUAUAACUCUUCCAUUUUUUAUUAUUUUUUGUUUUUGUUGCAAUACGUCUCUAUUUAUCUUAUCAUUUGCUUGAAUUACCAUACAUUUAAGGCGCUAAACAAUUAUAUGACAAUUAUUUAAUUAGCCCUGUGUACUAAAGAGUAUUCUUACUAAACAUGCUAAAUAAAAAUGUCUUCAUUAAAAUGG